CCUUCCUUACCGCCAACGGGGACACGGCUCCGCUGUCUCCCUCUCGCCGAUUCAAUAGAGACCGCGGAUGAGAAAUGCUUAAGUGAACGGACAAUUUUUGUCGAUAAAGUGGUACACGCCGAAUCACACGACAGCGGCGCGCGAAAAAGGUAGAAUCAACGAGGGCAGGUCAAAAAGUUUGCGGAACGAAGGUGACGAAGAGGAUCGUGAACAAUUUUCACGCGUAUCUCUGCCUUCAUUGUACCCUUAUCGGUAUAUUUAUCGGUACAAUUAAGUUGCUAGGUCUUGAUCGAACGGCUUACAGUUAUUGUCAAAUAAUCAAUUGAAUUUCGCGGCUGUAAGUUCUCUACAGGACAAAGAAAAGUUCCUUGAAGCGUUCAAGAAGAAACGCCAGCGAUUCCUGGUGUCUAUUGGCCCGGAGAAAUCAUGGCUCACAAGUGGCGCUAGUUUCUCCCAGCAAGGCAGAGAUUCUUGUCGAAGCAACCUCGGUGAAAAUUGUGAAAAAACUGGAGCAAUUAGUAUUGGAAGAUGCUCGUUCCAAGAAGAAACGAGCAGUGGAAAUGAGCGGCCGCCAGAUCAGUGAAGUUCGACGUGGGUUUGAUAGAAACGGGGGAAGGUUCUCGGAUUUUUUCAUUCGAGCGAUAAAUAUCUGGUCGAAUUGGUCGAUCGAUGUCGCAGUAAGACGCGAUGGACAUUUUGUCGUGGAAGAAGAGCCUUCGGAAGAGAAGUGUCGCUUUCUUGAAGAUGCUGAAGAGAGUCGGUCGUGCAUUCGGUUCUCGUGAUCAGAAGUUUCCCGUGUUGCUCGUCGGCGAACAAGUUAAAGAUGCACCCGAGGAGACGUCGAUUUCCCUCGAAAGUACGUGGAACGUUCUCGAGGAUCAUUCCGCAUCAGAAUUCAGUGGGGGAACCGCGUUCGAAUCACGUGCCGAAAAAGCAGAAGAAAUUUUCCGGGGAGGAAUUCCGCUGUGAACGUUCCCGCUCGUUAGUACGGUAAUCUCGAAGGAAACAGUGACGAAUGGAAGGCGCGAAGCUGUCCGCGGUUUUUACUGUUCGGAGAACAUUGUUUUUCUUCUUAAUGGAAUCGCACGGAAUUCCGAGAGGGUGAGUUCUCGGAAACCGGACGAUGCUGGGACACGGAAUUCACAGGCGCGGAAUGAGCGCGGAUCGUGCCAGGAUGUAGGGACGACAGGGUUCCACUUGCACCGGUUAAAAUGAAUCGCAGGGAGGACCCGCUGUUGCGGCAGCAUCGUAACCGCCUGCUGCAAUUAGCCGAGGCGACGAACAUCAAGCCCGGCCGCGGAAACGGGAAGAGACGAGGCCAGAGGCAGUCGCACGGCUUUGGACCCAGUAAUGGCGGACCGAGCGCCGGGGGCCGCGUGACCCUGCAGGAUAUCGUCCGAAGCGAUCCUGGAUACACGCCAAACAUCGAGCAUUUAGUUUUUCCGGAGCGCAAGAGUAGUAAUCCGAAUUUGACGAAAACGGCCGACGAGUCACCGCCGAAUAAAACGAAGUCGAACGCUUCGAGCUCGGGCAGGUCCAGGCUCGCCGAGGUGUUCUCCAGACACUACUCCAGGGGAUCAUCGCAGGACUCCAGCGUCACUUCCAGGAAGAACCAUUUGAACAGCACAUCGUUGGACAGCGGAGGCGGUGGGCCCCAUCAGGCUGGAGGAACCGGUGGUGGCGCAGUGGUGACGAGGAGCGGCGGCGGCCGCCGCUGGCUGUCCCAGAGCUCGCAAUCUUCGAGCAGGCAACAUUCGGCCGAGGACGGGGUACGUGGGGGCAACGUGGGCGUCAUAGGGCCCGUUUCGUCCUCGUCCUCGAGCCAGGCCCCUGCUCCCGCGUUGCCGCCACGUAGAGUCAGUCCGGCCGCGGAUUCAACCGACAUCUCGAAUACGGCCACCGGCUCCCGCGGCGACAGAGGCGCAAACGUCUCAAUUCUGCAUUUACGCAGCACUUCGGAUCCAUGGGAAGUGGGCUCGCAAGGGUCCACGUACAGCGUCGGCAGCAAUAAAAGCCAAAGCAGUGUCAGAGGAAAAUCAAGCGGAAACGCGGCACGGGGCUCGUACACGCGUGGUACGUCGAUACCGUCGUUAAAACGUCACGACACGACCGCAUCGAUAUCAUCCAGCUCGAGUUUAAAACAGCAUCGGCAGGACAGCCAUGGACAGGUGACGAGCUCUCGUCGUCGCGAGUCCUCGAAUUCGUUCUUGUCCGGCAACAGCGGCACGUCCGGCGAGCUUUUCAUCAGCGGCGACUGCGGCCGGGAAUUGUCGCCGGUCAGAUGGUGCGACAGAGAAGUAGACGGCGUCUAUCUGGGUCGGUCCGGCUGGGUGCAGGUGCAGCAAAGGUCAUUGGACGAGAACCGAAGAAUAAACUACGAGAGCAGCCUGGUCACAGCAACGACGGGCACCUUGCCCCUGCCGCGUCGAGUCACCGUCAAGUUGGCCAACUACCACUGCAACAGCGAACCAGGAAAAUGCCCCCAAGAGUUCUCGAGGCUGGACAAUCAUCGACCGGACUACUUGGCGUUGCACGGUCAAGACUUCGAGUCGGUCGGGAGCAGCGCUUGCACGUCGCCGCACAGCAUCCCGGAAUCUUACUCGCCGCCAUCGAUCACGCCGAUCAUAUCGCCGCCACCGGCGUUCCAGGAUGUGGUCGGCAAGAAAUCCGCGAGACACUCCGGCCGCGGCCACUACGGUAAGGCGCCGUUUUUGCCACGCUCGAACGCCAUAGUUGACAGCGACAUCAUCAGCCCGCCGCCAUCGCCUCCGCAUCAAGUGAACUGGAGCUCGUUACCGUCUUCCACGCGGAAAUCUUCGAACGUGACUUCCAGACUUCGAAGACAGAACACUAGCACCCAACAGCAGCAGCUUCAACAGCAACAACAACAGCAGCAGCAACAACAACAACAGCAGCAGCAGCAGCAGCAGCAACAGCAGCAGCAGCAACAACAGCAACAGCAGCAACAGCAGUAUCGAAUGGCGCAGGCUAAAUCGUUGGAGGACCCUUCAUCCUCGAGAAGGACGCAGUUCGUUCAACGAUACAUGGAAUCUUCCAGUUCUUCUUCGUCCUCUUUGGGUUUCAGGAGUCUCGACAGCUGCGUGCAAAGAUCCACCAUGCCCAGGUUAUCCGAGAACACGGAUUCCUCGGUGGAAGGAUACGACGACGGCGACGAUGAAGACGAUAAUCCCAGCUCGUCGUUGAACCUCAGCCUUGUCUCGUCGUCGAUCAUCGCGCUAAACUCGUCGAACGAGUCGAUCCGCGCCAACGGCGAGAGGAUCUCGCCCAAUCGGCAGGCCCGUCAUCACAGGAGUCAACAGGGACUGAGGAGAUCGCCGGGAUCCGCGGAGUCCGGAAAACAGUUGUCAUUCAAUUCGCCGUCUUCGUCGUCUUCGUCGUCGAGCAGCGCGGAGAGGCAGGGCAGAUCGCCGACGCCGAAUCCUUUCCGGCGCAGUAACGCUGCGAGGCAGCACCAAAGCGCCAGGACAGCGCAAGUGUCCCCAGAAUCCCACCAAUCGAGGGUAAGGAGAUCCAGGAGUCUUCAAUUACCCGAGAAGAGGUCCCCGGGCGCGGCAGCGCCGAAUAGAGAUCACUCGAGGGAGACUAACGAGCCCCACAGAGUCGUUGUUAAGAUUUCCAAUGAUCGAGGAGGCGACAGGAAGCGUCACACUCUCCAAAACCGAAAAGCGCAGUCGACCGAGGACGCGCUGAACGAAGAGCUCCUCCGUGAGACGGAGACGAUAACCGAGUUCCUAUACGGGACGAGAAGCCGCGUGGUGUCCAGGAGUCUCCUUUCGAAUCGUUUCGAGCGUCGCGAUGAGAAUCAGGAGCAAAGACGAACCAAUCCGGGCACUUACGACGUCUACUUUAUAUCCUCUAAGCAGCAGCAAUCUUCAAAGUCCUCCAAUUCCUCGAUGCAACAGUCCCAACAGCAGCAGCAGCAGCAGCACCAACAAUCGCAGCAACAGCCACAGCAACAGCAGCAACAGCAGCAGCAACAGCAACAGCAACAAACACGUCGCCCAAAGACACUACAAAGAGGAGCAACAACCCCGAACGCGAACGCGUCGUCGACCAGUCAAGACUUCUGUGUCAGCCCGGACACGAAAUUACGUUGCAACAGCAGCACCUGCGAUUUCUGGCCGCACUGUUCGCAGAGGGACAGCCUGUACUCACCGAAUCAGGUGCCGGUAUUCAUGAAGCUGUCCCAAAGCUAUCCGGCUCAUCAGAGGCUCCCCGCGGACGCUGGCAGCCACACGGGUAGAGGCAGCGCCAGCUCGUCCCCGGCGUCGUUAGAGAGGAUGGACGACCGAGAGUACCGGGAACGGGAGAACGCGCGGAAGAACAGAGCUGCCGCCGGACGCGAUCAGAACAAUCCGAAAUAUCAGGAGAGGCAACCGAAGAGCGUGCUUAAGCAACCGAACCGUUGGUCGCCCCUAGAGGGUUCCAACGGAAACGCGUCGUCGUCCGUUGAGAAGAGGGAGCAGCAUCAUCGAUUUUACAGGAAGCCCGAAUUUGCCGGCAGCUUCGAGGGCUGCGACAACAAGGAUAGAAAAGUGUCCCCGGUGUCUCAGGGGAAAGCUGGUAUCGCUAACAGAUCACCCAGCGGUCAGGUAGCUUCUUCGUCGACCACCUCGUCCUCGUCCAGCAGUGAUAUUUGGGUCACUACGUCCGAUCGAACUGUUACCAAGAGUCCCAGGAACGCGAAAAGCUCCGGCGCGUCCACCCCCAUGGAGGAUGCGGUAAUCGGCUCCCUGAAGACCUUGAUGGAACCGCCCAAGGAUGGAAUGCUGUCUAGGCCCGGCAGUGCUCCCACCAGAGCGGAUGAUUCUAUGCCCACGGAGACCUGCCUGGAUCCUCAUCAGCGGUCCUUAUCUCUGCCGAAAUCGUUCCUGACGCAUAACACCGACGGUAAUAACAAGGGAGGUUCAUGGCAUCGCGGACAGAGCUCCCAAAGGUCGAGCCCUAGCCCCAGUCGCCGUCACCACGUACAGGAAGUAGCCGCGCCUCACACGGCUCCUGUUUCCCCGUUGCAUGAUCAGCGCUCGGCCGCGUACUCCGGCAAGGAGAGAAGACGAAUUCCAGGUCUGAGCAAGGCGCAGAGGCGUAUCAAAGCGUCCAGCACGCCGGCGCUCCUGGAUCGCGACGUGGAAAGUCGGCAGUGGUCGGGGGACGAGGAGGACGAGGGUACAACCGGUCACGUAACAACCGAGCAUCCUCUGGCGGAGGCGACAAUCCCCUUGGUCUCCCAUUCGCGUCUCCAAGAACAGCCCUCCAACCUGAGUGGCAAUAUCGUGACCGCUUCCGGCGUCCAGAAUCCCUCCCGGUCGAGCACGCAGAGCCAGCAAGAAAGCGUUCUGCAGAAAUUCAGGAAGAGCUUCUCCUUGAGAUUCCACAAAAAGGGCAGCAAGGAGAGCAACGAGAGCGAGUGUCCGCCGGACGAUAACGACGGUUCCGGGCCCCUGGACGAGGAGGAGGAACGGGAACAGACGAUUGUCGCCGAUCAAACGCCUCAGCACAAGGAGGACACCAGCAACGACCAAAAAUUCCGAUUCGGCCCUCUCGUUUGGAGGAGCAGCAAGGAAAGGAAAAAGGGCAGCAAGGCAGCUAGAAAUGCGAAAUGCAACAGCGGGGACAGCGGGAUACAGAUCGAGAUGGUAUCUGGUGGAGCAUUGACUGGGGGCAGUGGUGGUGGAAUGAUGGGGGGCGGUGAUAGCUCUGAGUCCCACGACACGGACGUCCAAGACGAGACCGACAGCCCUCCAGCCCUUCGUAGGCGAGUCGCCGACAAAUCACGGCCCCAGUCCGAGCUCAUCAACCAGAUACUGAUCGACAAGUUUAAGGCGGAUCUGCAGAGUCGAACGUCGUCGAGGCACCAGCAUGUACGUCGGACGAACAGCGAUUUAGGAGGUCAGAGGUUACUCCAGUGGGACACGAGGUCUGUCUACAGCCACGCGCACAAUUACCGCAGGAUGCUCUCGACUCCAUCGCCUAUUAAGACGAGGCCGCCCAGGCUGAGCCCGAGACACUCCUCCCAUGACAUCGUUACGCUGAGAAGUAACGCGAAAGGGAGGAGUACUCGGACAAAUCUAAGGCGUUCGCUCAGCCAACCACUGGGUAUCAAUCAACUAUCACCCUUGAUGCGCACCAAAACUGCAGGUGCGAGGUUGCCCGGUGGAAAUGUCCUGUCGGAGGACGAACAGGAUGGAAGGGGAGGAACCUCGGACGACGAGAUGAUGUCCGACUCGGAGUCCUCCAUCGCUUCCUUGUCGGACAGAAAGAAGUCGUUCGAGCAGACGAUGGACGAGGAGGUCGUGAUCCUUGCUGAAGCUGUUUGGGACCACGUAGCGAUGGAACCAGAGGAGCUAGCUUUUCGUGCUGGCGACGUGAUCGAAGUUUUGGACAACCUGGAUAAAGAUUGGUGGUGGGGUAACUGUAGGGGCGAGCAUGGUUGGUUUCCGGCUGCAUUUGUUAGGUUACGUGUAAGUCAAGAAGACACGGUCGAGGAUUGCUUGGCGGCAAUGGCAUCUGGCGGCACCUCUAAUUCUCAACUGAGGAGACGUACAAGCAUUUCGUUGCUGUCAAACGAGCAGGUCAGAGCGAGCGUGGUUCGCGAGUUGGUCCAGACUGAACGAGACUUCGUGAAAAUUCUGAGGGACGUGGCGGAAGGCUACAUUGCUGAGUGCCGACGACGAACGGACAUGUUCAACGAGGGACAAAUAGAAACUAUAUUCAUCAAUCUCGAGGAACUGCUUGACUUCCAAUCCGAGUUCUUGAAGGAUCUCGAAUCUCGAAUAGACUGGAAUGCUCCGUACAAAAGCUGCGUCGGGGAAUGUUUCUUGAAUCAUAGGGCGGGUUUUCGUAUGUACUCGGAAUACUGCAACAGUCAUCCGAUGGCUACCGUUACGCUGCAGGAACUGUACCAACAUAAUCGUUAUAGCAAAUUCUUCGAAGCUUGUAGACUAAUGAGGGGUUUGAUCGAGAUUCCUCUGGAUGGAUAUUUGUUGACGCCUGUGCAACGGAUUUGUAAAUAUCCACUGCAAUUGGCAGAAUUGUUGAAAUACACAAAAGCCGAUCACCCGGAUUAUCAUAAAAUCCAGGAAGCCCUCGAAGCGAUGCGAGGAGUUGCAGUUUUGAUUAAUGAAAGGAAAAGACGAAUGGAGAGCCUCGAGAAAUUAGCUGCGUGGCAAUUAAGGGUCGAAGGUUGGGAGGGCGAAGAUCUCAUAGAAGUUUCGUCUCAAUUAAUUCAUCAAGGCGAAGCAAUGAGGGUAACCACUGGCAUGUGGACAAACAGCAUCACCUUGUUCCUGUUUGAUCAUCAGUUAGUUUAUUGUAAAAAGGAUAUUCUAAAACGAAACACUUAUGUCUUUAAAGGCCGUAUUUACCUUGAUACGAGCGAGGUGAUUGAUGUUCCCGAUGGGAAAGAUCACCAAUCGGGAGUGACAGUAAGGCAUUGUUUAAAGAUAUACAGUUGCGUUCGUGAUAAAUGGUUACUCUUCUGUUGCCGCACGGCAGAAGAAAAGCGUCGGUGGUUGGCAGCCAUGGCAGAGGAACGGAGAUUAGUCGCUCAGGAUAGAAACGAUGGAUUGGAAUUCCCAGCUGCGGCCAGGCAAUUGGCCAGGCUCGUGGCAACGAGACAACAGAAUAGACCGCCAAUCAAACCUCGCAACAAAACGUACAAAAGAGAAUCAGCUUACGAGAUGCCUAGUAUGGUUGGACAAGGCGCAACAAACUCGUUAGGACGUAAGGUUGGCACUUGGUUUAUGUUUGGUAGCAGCAAAAAGAGUACACGACCUCAGCCGUCCUGAGACAGGCCUACCUUCGUACCAUACAUUGACCUAUGAAUCUCUGACGAGAAGCGCUUAAUCGUUACCCCGCGACCUAGACUUGAAUGCACGUUAAUAAAUAUUUAAGAAGCUGUAUAAAAGUUUCAUUGAAGUGAAUUAGCUUCACUUCCUUCCUCCAUGGAAAUUAGACAUUGUACUUGCCCUCACUCACUAGGAACGCAAACGAUCGUAAGCGCUCGUCACAUGUAUGGAACGAAGGUAAUUAACAUAUAUGAUCGUUAAAUUUCACUGUAUAAAUGUAUUAACAAUUCAAUAGCAUUGAUACAUCCUGUCACUAGAGUAGUCGGAACACUACAAUUCUCAUAUGUCCAAUUUUAGUACUAUUAUUUAAUUUAAAAGUAUACGGUUCGAUAAAUGAGAUCGUAAGUCUGUAUUGCCAACGAUAUUUAUUUCACUGCCUCAUGGAAAGAUUCUUCAUUGAACGCUUUGUCAUUUUACAUUCACAAAGAUCACUGCACGGAGUGACAAGGUAUUUAGGCUUUCCUAGUGAAUAAUAAACGUUGUUUGUUCUAAGUAAUAAUUCAAAAAGAAAUACUGUCAAAUUAAAUUAAUUAAGUUCAUAUAAAGGUGAAUAUACACACAACGUUUAAGCAAAUGUUUCUGGACAAAAAUAUAAGAGAGAAGAAUGUAUUAAGAAACUAUACCAAACAAUGGAAAUGAAACAAUUCUUAACGUGAUCAUGUUAGUAAGUAUCAGAACUGACAGAAAUGCAGUAUAAACUAGAGAAUUAAAUGCAGUUAUUGUUAGAGGUAGAUAGCACAUGUAUUAAGAAACUAGCGAGCUUUUGAGGUACUAAAAAGAAAGUACUAGUCACUAUUAUCACACGAUCGUAUAGAGAAACAGUGAUAAAACUUUAUUGUUACUUGACUGCUUGAAUGAGUGUUGUAAGCAUUGAAUGGAUUAGCAAUGGCCAUACAUUUUUUUUUAUAAUAAUCGAAAGACUGACAACGGGAAUGCUUCUUUCCAAGAUGUCUAUAAAAGAAUUGGUACGAGGAUACCACUGAGAGAAAAGUGUAAUACUAUAAGCAAGUUUCAUCACACACAACUAUUUGUAGUUUCUGCCUGAAAGAAUGUUUGCAUAUACUCCAUUGUUCGAUACCUUAGAUAGUAUUCUAGAACGCACAUUAAAAUAAAAUUAUUAAAUGCAGAGUCUAAAAAUUUUUCUCUCAGUGACACGAAACGUAUCAGAGCACGUACUGUAGAUACAAACCUCAAGCAAAAUCACACGAUAUAAUCCUUUUACUGCCUAAAAGAUUGUCGUUACUUCAUCUAAAGCAGUAAUCGUAAAAUACUCAUGGUAGAUUGUAUGAAGAUUUUAAAUUUGCUAAAGGGACGGAGAAAAUUAUAUUUCUACGUCAUAACAGAGGGACAGUAUUAAAUAUACAGGUACUACUAAAUGUGUAAAUACUCGCAUAUCAAGCCUCUUUUUCUACUGCUGCUGAAGCAGUUUCUAAAAAAUGAAUUUCCAAUCUUUCAAGUUUUUCUACUCUUGUACAGAAGAAAGCGUUACGAGAAUAUCGUAACGAAAGCCAGUCAACCAGCAAAAAUCUCUGUGUUUUGUAUGUAAACUUGCAGAUAAUAAAUUGUAAACAAUUUGUCUGUGCAAUUCGUCGUCACAGAUAAUUCAAUUAACUUUUCAAAAAUUGAUGCACCGAUUGUGAAAGUUUUAAACACUGCCAAUAUGUUUACUAUAUAUGUCUUCGUUCAUUUGUAUAGUUUCUCGUUAUGCUUAAUGCAUACGUACAUGUUCAAGGUAUACAUUAAUGAAAACAGAAAACAAGAGUAAUCAUUAUUUUGUAUCUGUGGAAUUUUUCAUGUUCUCUAUCUUCAAACACAUGUAAGUUAAUAGAAGUUGUUAAAAAAUAUUUGCAAAUGAAAUAACAAGUCACAGAAAUAUAUUUUUGCUUAUUUUCUGGCAUUAUAUUUACUAUACGACGAGGACAAUAUGAUGACGAUGAUGAUGAUUAUGAUGAUGAUGAUGAUGAUGAUGAUGAUAAUGAUGAUGAUAAUGAUGAUGAUAAUGAUAUGAAGGAGCAAGAUUCCUACUCAACUGUACAGAGGACACUAACCGUUGAUGUUUAGAUUAGAAGCGAAACAUUUGUUGCUGAAUUUAACUCAUUCAAGAGUUAUUUUUAUAGGACAAAUUUAUUUGUUUCAAUGCGACACUUCUCUGUACGCAUUGUUGUAUAAGAACAAUUUUGAUGGCCAAUGUAACUAAACAUAAGAAGAGGAUGUCUCAUACUAACUACAAAUGCUGAAACAAUAAUACUGCAUAGUACGCAAUUCAGAACACUUCAUUCAUAUAAAUUUCACUUUCAUGAGUCAACUGAUGAAAUUUCUGCAAAUUACCAGAGUAAUAGUAUAAAUUUUCACAGAAUGUAUGGUCAACAAGAUAUCUAGAUAACGUUUGUUCUUUGUAUUGGCUAUUACCUACAUAUCUUGACAGUGAUCCAGGUGUAAACAAAUAUAAAGUUCAUAGUUUAAUAUUUAUUCUCUUUGUAAUUAUGGAUCAAAUAAUUUGUUCUAUUACUCUGGUUAAAUUGAAAUAAAUUCUGCACAAAUGUCGAAUAAUGUGCUUCAAAGCAAUAAUAUUACUAGGCGUUACAGUAAAAACAGUUUGAGCUGUUGCAUAUAUAUGUAACCGCAUAUACUUUUACUUGUAUUUGAUAUUGGUUGUUGUAUGUGCAUAUUGUCAAUACAUAUGUGAUUUCAAUUAUCAAUAUAGUCAAUAUGCACAUACAUUCUACAAUAAUAAAUUAAAAACAACAGAUACAAUAAUGUAUCAUUUCGUUUUAUGUAAAUACUUAGAUGAUAUUAUACUUGAUAAGUGUAAAUAUUGUAGACCUCUUUGUUAGUGGAAACAAUGUAGGUAAUAAGUGACUUUAAAGUUAAAUGACAUAUAACUUUUGGAUAAUGAUUAACUAUUAAUUAUAUAGCACGAUGUUUUGUAUAUUUGUAUAUCUAAUUUAAUGAUUUAAUAAUAAAUUACUCUCUUUGCUCGAUUGUUCACGUUAUAAAUACUUAUUGUUUAUGAUAUGUACAGUUGAAAUUACAUAACAUGUUUAAAGUUGUUUUCAUAAUAUAUAUAAAUAUAUAUAAACUUAGUUAAAUAUAUGUAAAUAAACAUUUUAUAAUUAUUACAUAUUAUUACUUUAUUGCACUUGGUCGCAUAUCUCCCACAUAUUGAACUUCAUACAAGUACAAUUAAAAAUAUGUAAUGCA